AUGUUUAUUCCGGAACCAGUCGUAUCCAUGUCCAUCACACCGACAGACAAAAACAAUGCCGAAUCGUUCAGUAAAGGACUGACCAGAUUUAUCAAAGAAGAUCCCACAUUUCGUCUGUCCCAGGACCCGGAAAGUGGCGAAUCUUUGGUCUCAGGGAUGGGCGAACUGCACCUGGAAAUCUACGCACAACGUUUGGCACGUGAAUACAACGCCCCGUGUGUACUGGGAAAACCAAAGGUGGCUUUUCGUGAGACACUCUCGGAACCGUUCCAAUUUGAUUAUCUACACAAAAAGCAAUCCGGUGGCGCUGGUCAGUAUGGUCGCGUUAUUGGCAUUUUGGAGCCACUUCCGGCGGAACAAAAUACCCAGCUCAUCUUCUCGGACGAGACUGUCGGUACUCAUGUGCCCAAGCAAUAUGUUCCAGCUAUUGAGACUGGUUUUAGAAACACAUGUGAGCAAGGACUGAUGGCUGGACAACGUAUUUCCGGUGUCCGGUUUCGAUUACAAGAUGGCGACAAUCACGUUGUGGACAGUAGUGAUUGGGCCUUUCAACAAGCUGCUGAAGGUGCAAUGAGGCAAGCCAUGAGCGAAGGUAAUUGGAUGAUACUAGAACCGAUAAUGCUAGUCGAGUCUUCAGCUCCGGAAGAAUUUCAAGGUUCUCUGUUGGCCGCAAUCACUCGUCGCAGUGGUCUGAUUGCAAACGCGGAAGCUCACGACGGUUACGUAACUAUUGAGGCUGAGGUACCUCUAAACGAUAUGUUUGGCUAUGCCGGGGAAUUGCGUAGUCUAACCGAAGGCAAAGGUGAAUUUUCCAUGGAAUAUCUCAAAUACUGUCCGGCACGCCAGCCAACUGUGGACAAACUGAUCGAGGAGUACGAGAAAGCCCAGGAGGAGAAGUUUGCCGCAACCGGCAAGUCCGGGGCUGUCGCGGGCGGGAACAAGAAGAAGCGGAAACGAUAG